AUGAAGAAAAUCGGACGCCGCGAGGGAGAAAAAGCUGGGAGAGGGAGGCUCGAGCCGAAGGAAAAGCCGCGGCACCAUAGAUGGGAGAGUAGUCUCGGAGGGGGCAAGCGAUGGCCUGGUGAGAGAAAACACCAUCGGAGUGGUUCGUCCCAUCGGAGUGGUUCACUCCAUCGAAGUGGUUCACACCAUGGGCAUGAUUCAAGGGGGGGCUCCGGUAAAAGGAGGAAAAAAAAAGAAAGACGCAGUGAAUCUGGAUUCCGCGGCAGUAGCCAGCCCAGAAGGGGGGAGAAACAACGGAGGAGAAGCCGAAGCAGGAGCAGAGAUCGGAGCAGGGACAGAAAUCGAAGCAGCAGUAGAGAUCGAAACAGCAGUAGAGAUCAACGCAGGAGCAGAGAUCGAAGGCAACACAGUGAGAAUGAGCGAGAGCCCGCGCGGAAAGCCAGGCACCCCCCACAACAGGUGUCCUACAACGCAUUCGAUUAUUUCUCAAACGACAUUGCAAGGGAGAAAUUAUUGCCCAAUUACAUCAUGGAGGAAAAAAACAAGUACGAAAAGGACGUCUUCGAGAAGGCAUAUGGACUGAGCCUAGGCGAUGGCAUCAUCCAGAUUGAUCAGUUUCUCUUUGACCCGAAGGAAGGGCAUCAGGAGAAGGUUCAAGUGAAGAAUACGGAUAGUACCACCAAACACACAAGUAGUAAGAGUAAGGGACACUACGAGUGUUACAGUUGUAAGGCAAGAAAUGUGUACGCAAAUGUGCAGUGCCGUAAGUGUAAAAAGUUGAGGAAGAUUUAA